AUGUCCGCACGUGCUCUUCUCCACCUUAUGCUGCUGCUGCUGCUGCUGCUGCUGCUGCUGAGCCCCAUGCAACCCUUCACCUCUCUCCUCCUCCGCAGAUUUUCUAUUAAGCUCUGUCACAGCGCGAUUUUUCUCCCUGUGCUCAAGGCUCUCCUCUUGCAACUCUCCCCGGGCCGCUGA